CGACCUUCGUACUUGAACCGACUUUUCGAAAACAGAAUUGCCGGCCAAUCGCGGUGCAAUAUCCAAGAAUACGAUCGCAAGCGCACGCACUCCAGCGCAUUCGCGUCGCAAACAUUUUGUGGAACGGAUUAGUGGCCAGUGUUGCGUGAAAAUCAGGCUUCAUAUUGGCAAAGAGCUAGCCGAAUUUAUGCAACUAAAAUAAGAAAGAACUUGUUUUUAUUAACAUAAGGCAACUGUGGGGCUAGAGGGGUCAGCUCAGUGUGGUCCAAGAUUUCAUACUGUUUUCGUUGUUACGUUCGUUGAGUGUUUAUCAACAAUGUGUGAGAGAUUUGUUUUGGUUUUUACGCUGAUGUCGGCGGCAUCUCUUGUCGGCGAUUGCUCUGCGAAAUAUGCACCUGAUUUCAUCCACCCAUGCAACAACACAGAACCAGCCUGCCUGAUUAAAGCGACGCAGGAUGCAAUACCACAGUUCUGUAAGGGUCUCCCACAUCUUGGAGUGCCGCCCUUAGACCCGUUUGUCAUUGAUGAGCUCCCGAUACAGCUGCCCGGAAUCAAAGUUACGUUUUACGAGGGUAAAGCGACGGGACUACGGAAAUGCCAAGUUUUGAAUGUUGAGGCUUAUUUAGAAAAGAACGUGUUUAUAUUGGAAGUGCGAUGCAACAUCACAAUCAAGGGCAAAUAUACCGCAGUGGGAAGACUUCUACUCUUCCCAAUCAAUGGAGAAGGAGACUCGAAGAUCAAAAUAGUAAAUUCUAUAAUAAAGCUGAAUAUCAACACGAAAUACUUCAAGGACGCCGAAGGCCGAGAUCACUUUGGUAUCAAGAACUAUAAAUACACUUUUGAUUACGGCGAGAGGAUUGUCUACACAAUCAACAACCUUUUCAAAGGCAACCCUGAAUUAAGUAACACAGUGCUACAGUUCCUGAACGAAAAUUGGAGAAUAGUGACUGAAGAAUUUGGACAACCUGUUGUGGAUUUUGCGCUAAAUGUGACUGUCAGCACUGCGAAGAAAUUCUUCGAUGCUGUACCCUACGACGAACUACUCAAUGUGCCUAUACCGAAGUAUUAAAUAAUCAAAUAAAACAAAUUAUGUUAUAAUACUUUAAUUAAAUAUAGAUGUGUAGGUUCGUG